UAAAAUAACAGAUUUUACUCUGAUUGUCAAAGAUUUGGGGAUGUAUUACUGAAAAGCCUAAAUAUGAACAUAAAGCUGGGUCUGUAGAGAAAAACAUUCUUAAAUCUCUACUGCGACUGUCUCAAUAUCAUUCAAGUUGGAGAGGAAGAUUCAGAGUAGAGAUUGGACGAUGAAACCUCUCAUGCUGAUCAGAAGAGUUUCUGGUAAUUAUUCUCAUUGUCUUUCGUCUUCUUCUUUCGUUUCUCUUUUAGGGCUUUACAGACUUCAAAUUCGUUCUUAUGAUUCGAACCAUGGCAAUGUUAGACAAUUGGAGAAAUUGAUUCGAACCCGCUGUAGAACUGGAAGCCUUGAGGUAGAACAAAUUUUAAGUCUCUAUAAUUCCAUGAUUCAAAUGCAACCCAUUCCCCCUGUUUGGGUUCUUAAUGAUUUGCUUGGGGCACUCUCCAAGAAGAACCAAUACUCCACUGUUAUUUCUCUGUACAAACAGUUGUCGAUGCGUUGUCGUCAUUUUCAUCCAAAUGUCUAUACUCUGACUAUUGUUAUCAAAUGUCUGUGUCGUUUGAAGAAAACGGGUUUAGGGUUUUCUGUUUUGGCAAUUUUCUACAAAUAUGGCCUUCACCCAAAUGGCCAUACCUUAAGUACUCUGCUUCACGGACUUUGUAUGGAAGGUUACAUGGUUGAAGCCCUGGAGUUGUUCCACAAAAUUGUAGACAAGGAAUUCCCAUGUGAUGAAUAUAUUUAUGCAAUAAUCAUUAAUGGGCUUUGUAAAUCCGGAAAAAUUGACAAGGCAUUUAAGGUGCUUAGGCAAAUUUACCACCAUCAGAAGCUUAGUCCCACUGUUGAAUGUUUCAAUCCCAUCAUUGAUAGUCUUUGUAAAGAAGGUCAUAUAGAUAAGGCCACGAGUCUAUUUCAAGAAAUGAUCAGUUGUGGUUUUCCUCCGAAUGUUGUAACUUAUACUUCUUUGAUUCAUGGAUUAUGCAAAUUUGGUAAUUGGGAAGAAGCCAAUAGACUCCUAAUCAGCAUGACUGAGUCUGGAAUUUCACUGGAUGUAUAUACUUACAGUAUUGUAAUUGAUUCUCUUUGCAAAGUAGAUAAACCCCAUAAAGCAAUUUUAUUGUUUGAAUCGAUGACUGAUAAAGGUGUGGAGCCUAAUGUUGUCAUAUAUACUUCGCUCAUAUCUGCCCUAUCUAAGGAAGGAAAAACAAAGAAAUCGUUUGAUCUCAUGGAAGUAAUGACUAAUAGAGGUCUAAAGCCUGAUAUCAUUACUUAUACCUCUUUACUUCAUGGAUUGUGUGAUUUAGGUAAAUGGGGGGAAGCCUUCAUGUUGUUAGCUAAAAUGAAGGAACAAGAUGUUAGGCCAAAUCUUGUAACUUUCAAUAUUCUCAUAGAUGCUCUUUGCAAAGAUGGAAAUAUGAAGGAGUCUUUCGAUGUGUUUGAUCUAAUGGCUCAAUGGAAUGUCAAACCAAAUAUUAUCACUUACACUUCUUUACUUUGUGGAUUAAGUCAUUCAGGUAGCUUGGAAGAAAUUGGUAGGGUGUUUAAGGACAUGCUGAGUGAGAAUAUCUACCCUAACAUUAUAACUUUUACUGUACUCUUAGAUGCUUACUCCAAAAGAGGUAUGAUGGACAAGGCUCAAAAUAUUUUUGACGAAAUGGUUCAACAUGGUGAAAAGCCUAAUACCUUAACUUAUAAUAAAAUGAUUAAAGGGUAUUGUUUGGUAAAAAAAGUAGACAAGGCUGAAGAGAUGUUUCAACAAAUGUUAUCGAAUGGUGUUCUGCCAGAUUUUGAUUCCUAUUGCACCUUGGCUGAAGCCUAUAUGAUGAUUGACCAAACAGACGUUGCUCUCAAGUUUAGUAAAGAAAUGAUUGAGAAAGGAUUGGUGCCUGUUCAUGUAAGACGAAACGUUGUGACGAAGGUUUUUCUUGACAGACUUUAGUUAUGAGUACAAAAUUCUUCGGGUGGCAUAAUUUUGAACUUUUUUAUUAUGAUGAGAUAUAUUUUACUUGGUUAAUGAGGUGGUGGUGGUGGAAGAAGACUUCCUAGGGCUCGGUUUUCAUUAGAACUUGUGAGAAGAUCACAUUGGAGGACCAAAAUGUAUGUAGCCGACCCCGAGUGUAUCGGCAAUGGGCUAGGAUAAUGAUGAUCGUCAUGACAUAUUAGACCUUGUUUGUUUGUAGACUUUAUAAUUGCUGCUGCCAUUUACUCCAUGUUAAUGAUAAUCUGUUAUUUAUACUUGUGCAUUUUUAUGUAUGUAUUAAAACCUUGUAUCAUUUGGCAAUGUUCAAUUUGGCAAUCUAGAGAAUAAUGAUUGCUUUCUCUGUAUCAAAUUAGAUAACUUGCUAUACUUGUAAGUUGUAAUUUAGUUAGAAUUCUCUUUAUAAUGAUGAUUAUGUUAUUA